GGAAGAUCAAACAGUGCUCUUAACCACUGUGCCAUCUCUCUAGCCCUCUAAAUUUACUUUUUAUUUGGAGAUAAAUUCUCAUUCACUAAAAUUACCAAGACUGGCCUAGAACUCACUGUGUAACUCUGGCAUGUUUUGAGAUCCUCUUGAGAAACAGUGAGUGUUAGCCUGCACCACCAGCUCCUGUUCCCACCUGUAAUCCCAGCACUUGGGAGGCAGAAGCAAGUGGAUAUCUGUGAGUUCCAAGACAGCCUGAUCUAUAUGGUGAGCUCCGGGUCAGCCAGGCUACAUAAUUUAUGUGUGUGUGUGUUUGUAGAUGCACACACCCCACAGAACUUGUAUGGAACUUGGAGAACAAUUUGCAGGAGCUGAUUCUCUAUUUCUGUCAUAUAGGUCCUGGAACACAACUCAGGCCAUGGCACGGCUUUACGGGCUGAGCCCCCUUUCCAGUCCUAAACCCACAUCUUUUUAUCUGACUCCACUUCUCAGAUGUGCUGAUGUAAACCAUCUCCAGACCAUGAAGAGAAGAAAGGACGUGCUAUUGCAAACAAACCUUAGCUCUCUGGGUUUUAAACUCAGUGUUUCUACCAUUGCUUCUAGAACAUGCUCUUGGCUUCUGACCUCUAGAGAAGUGGUCCAGUCAGGUGUGGUAGCUCAUGCCUAUACUCACAGUGCUCAAGUGGCUGAAGCAGGGGCAUUUCUAUGAGUUCUAGGGCAGACUGGGAUAAUGAGUCAGACCCUGUCUCAAACAAAAAAAGAAGUGGCCUGGAGGAUCUGACAUUGUCUCCCUGAUCAACAGUUCUCAGCAAUGACCUUAUAGAGGACCUGCCACACAGAGCGGAAGGAAACAUCGUUUGGGUUCCGGAAGCACAAAGGGAAGAAUGAAAUAACUCUGGAGGAGGCUGCAGGGGAUUUCAGCAGAGAAGCUCGGACUUCAGUAGCCAAGAUAAAAUUACUAGGACUGGCUGGAGGUGGGGGAGGAAGUGGCUACGGUUGGGUAAUUAGGGAGUUUCUUACUCUUUCGGCCUAACAUGGUAGAAGCAUUAUAUGUCCAGUUGGAAGCCUGGUUAUUUCCCAUUAAGACUGGAAGUCUGACUGCCCCAAGGAAGGCCUGCACUUUAAGUGAGCUGGACUUUGUUUACUGAAGACAAGUGUGAACACCAGGAAUCUCAGCCUCCACCAUGUGGAACGCCUCGGAUACCAACUUCUCCUGUUACCACCAGUCCGUGCUGGGCUAUCGUUACUUUGCUGUUAUCUGGGGCGUGGUAGUGGCUGUCACAGGCACCGUGGGCAAUGUGCUCACCCUGCUGGCAUUGGCCAUUCGUCCUAAGCUCCGAACCCGCUUCAACCUACUCAUUGCCAACCUCACCCUGGCUGAUCUACUCUACUGCACGCUCCUGCAGCCUUUCUCCGUAGACACAUACCUCCACCUCCAUUGGCGCACUGGCGACAUCUUCUGCAGAAUAUUCGGGCUCCUCCUCUUUACUUCCAAUUCUGUCUCCAUUCUCACCCUCUGUCUCAUUGCUCUAGGACGCUACCUCCUUAUCGCCCAUCCUAAGCUCUUUCCCCAAGUUUUCAGCGCCAGGGGGAUCGUUCUGGCGUUGGUGGGCAGCUGGAUUGUGGGGGUGGCAAGCUUUGCCCCACUCUGGCAUGUGUUUGUCCUGGUGCCACUGGUCUGCACCUGCAGCUUUGACCGCGUGCGAGGCCGGCCUUACACCACCAUCCUCAUGGGCAUCUUCUUUGUGCUUGGGCUCAGCAGUGUGGGCGUCUUCUACUGCCUCAUCCACCGCCAAGUGAAGCGUGCUGCUCGAGCGCUAGACCACUACAGGCUGCAGAGGGACAGCAUCCGCUCUCACCAGGUGGCUGGGACAGAUGAGGCCAUGCCUGGCCACUUCCAGGAGCUAGACAGCGGGCUUGCCUCAAAAGGACCCAGUGAGGGGAUUUCAUCUGUGUCAGUCAGUGCUUCGACCACGCAGACCUUGGAAGGUGACCCGUCAGAAGCAGGGGACCAGGGCACCAGAAAGACAACCCAGCAUAUUGUAGAGAGAGGCCUUCCUGAAGCUCAUCAUAGGGUCCGGGAAACUGCAGGAGAGCGCAGAGCCCCGGAUGCCCCAUCGGAAUUCGGAAAGGUGACGCGCAUGUGCUUCGCGGUGUUCCUCUGCUUCGUCCUCAGCUACAUCCCCUUCUUGCUGGUCAACAUUUUGGACGCCAGGGGCCGCGCUCCGCGGUUAGUACACAUGGUGGCUGCCAACCUCACUUGGCUCAACAGCUGCAUCAACCCGGUACUCUACGCAGCCAUGAACCGCCAGUUCCGCCACGCAUAUGGCUUCAUCCUGAAACGCGGGCCACAGAGUUUCCGUCGGUUCCGUUAGAGCUGGUAGUUCAUUCAUCAGGCCAGCCCAGCAUCGAGCGUGGUCCGCAGGAUAGGAGCCCUUUGAUCCUUGGACAUUUUUACAGACAACCUCAUUGGUGUUUGGGCACACCCCUUUCCAUCCAGGAAUCAAUGUGUCAGUCCUGCGUCACCCAAGGUCAAUUAUUAAUAAAUGCAUCACGC